AUGCUCACCCAAUAUCCGACCAUUACGCAGGACACUCUCGCUGCACUUGCGCUGUGCACGAAUCUGAGGUCGAUAACAUGGAUCGACGACUGUUCAACCACCGAUACAACUCUCCUCGCCUUCCUCGAUGUCGCUCGCACGCUCCCAUUACGUGAACUCACGAUUCGGACCCACAGUGACCUCGGAGAAACUGUGUGGUCCCAGCUCAUCUCCCUCACCGGCCUGCGCAAGGUAUCGAUAUGGUGCAUGGAAGGCCCCCCGCGCGUCCUGCAAGGCUGGUCGGGCCCGCUCGGCAGCACGCUCACUCACCUUGAGCUGGGAAGAUGCGCAGGCGUCCCGCCAACAAUCUUAAUCACAGUGCUCUCUCAACUCCCCCUGCUCAAGGACCUGCGGCUCAAGGGUGCCCCGGCGUCGUCGAUCCCCACCAUCCUGAAGUUUCUCCCGAACCUCCGCUCACUCGACACCGAGUACCUCGGCUCGUACUACCCCUCGCAUCGUAAGGCCGUCCCGCCCGUUCCCCUGCCGAAAGCAACGCGUACGCAGCAGAUCUGCCGCGCCUGCGCCACCUGA